CUCUCUCCCAACUUCCCUGGAACCACUCUGGCCUCAACCGUCUCUCCUCCGUCUCUCUUCUCCGUCUACCGUCUCCCUGUGUCCUGACACCCGAGCUCCAGCUCAGCAGAAUCAGUGUUUACCCGCGCUGUGCCUGGCAACAGGCUGCAUGCUCGGGAUUACCGGAGGCCCUUCCUUUCAACGCUGCGAUCUCUGCCUUCCUUUAGCCUCCUCCGAUCGUUUUCCCUGGGAACUAACAGGGAGCGCACGGAGGUGAGAGGUGAGAGAGCCGUGGAGGAGAGCCCUGAUUUGAGGCUCUGCGUCCGCCCACCUCCCUCAACUGGCUUCAGUCUGCUCUACUCUCUGUCCUGCAACAUCUCUGUCUUGUGAUCUCAAUUAGUCACUCUAGUCGUUCCUGGAAGUUUUUGUGGUUGUGUGUUUGGUGGACUUAGGGGUGUUUGUCUUUUGGGUGGAUCUUGUGGAUCACUGUGAUGGAUCACUCCCUGUUUGGGUGCCUCCGUAGCCCCCACGCCCCGGCCCAGGGUCUGCACCCCCACCCUGCCUUUAGCCAGUCCCCGCUGGCGCUGCAUGGACGCUCUGACCACAUAUCCUACCCUGACCUGCCCGGCUCCUCACCGCCCUGCGGGGGGUACCCUGGCCCCGGGGAGGAGGGCGUGUACGGAGGGCAGCAACACCACCAUCGUGGAGGACACCCGCAUCAGCACCAGCAGCACCCCCACCACCCACAGCACCAGACCCACCAGACCCCCUGGCACGUUCCACAGAUGCCCUCAACCAACACUAGACAUGGCCUCUGCCUGCCUCUCCCAGACAGCCAAGUCUCAGAACGGUGUGGUGGGGGUACCCCAAAUCUGUGUGGCUCCAACACCAACCCCAGUCUGGGAGGUAGUAGUGACCCCACAGGUGUAUCCUGUGUCUCUGGGGACUUUGGACGACAGACGAUGUCCCCGGACGAGACUGAACAGAGACGGAACAGUAAAGGGAAAGACGAUUUGCACAGCUCAGAUUCCCAGGACGGGAGCUAUAAGUCUGACGUGAACAGCAAGCCCAGGAAGGAGAGGACGGCGUUCACCAAGGAACAGAUCCGGGAACUGGAGUCAGAGUUUGCGCACCACAACUACCUGACGAGACUGAGGCGAUACGAGAUAGCAGUCAACCUCGACCUCACAGAAAGACAAGUAAAGGUGUGGUUCCAGAACAGAAGGAUGAAGUGGAAACGUGUUAAAGGAGGUCAACAGGGGGCAGCGGCCCGAGAGAAAGAACUGGUCAACGUGAAGAAGGGAACUCUGUUACCCUCAGAGUACUCUGGUAUGGUGGGAGGACUACACCACUCCACUGGUUCCCCUGGUAACGAGGACAGUCACGACAGUGACCAGAGCUCAGAGCACGCUCACUUAUGACCCUGACCUGCCACAUAUGCCACGCAGAGGUCAAAGGUUAAGUUUGCGGCCAUUUGAACAAACGUCUAAAAAUGCAGUGAGCUGAUGAGAUCAUGUUGCAUUUACAGGUACAGCAUUACAUACAGUAUGUUGAGAUUAGACUCAGAACUCAGAAAGAACACCUAGGCUUAUGUACUCAAUAUGCUCUUAGGAGUGGAAUGAACACCUAGGCCUUUUCUCUCAGGAACCAGCAACAAACAGGUUUUCUGACUGAAGGUGUUUGUUGAUUGGCAAAGGAGUGAAGGAAGAAAGAAGUCAAGGUAAGCAAGAAGAAGAAGGAAUGGAAGGAGCAUAGAAUUAACAACUGGAUGUGUGAAAUAAAACAACAAAUGAUAUGCUUGUGAGCAAAGCCUCAAGCUCAUAAGACUGUAAAUUGGGAAUAAAAUUGUAUAUUAUUGUGAACAUUCCACACGUGCCUUGAUAGAAUGGCUUGGAUUUUUGAACUGUCAAAGAUAAAAUUCUACUGUAUUUACUCAGUUUGGAAUACAAAAAUCAUGCAAUUAGCUUUAAGUAAACAUAUGGAAUUUAAUUGAAUAGUAGGCUAUUACCGUGAGUUCUACUAUGCUGAUUUACUUACAACAUAACUGAAUGAUGCAUAUUAGUAAACAUCUCCAUUGGUUUUACAUUUUGCUUCCGCUAAGAGUCUUAAAAGUUGAAUUUUUUUGUGAAAAGUUUAUACUUUUAUUACAUAGAAAUCUGGGACAAAAUGGUUUCUUAAG